AUGUUUACAAGAAACCCUGAGACGCUGACCUAUAUCGACAGACACACUUCACCCCGUCCGUUGUUACAUCUUUUAGCAAUAUGGCCGAACAAUUGUCAUUACGAGUACAGCUAUCUAAGGAAUGAAGGAAGUCUCGUGGCCGUCCACUAUUACACAUGGAGCUCUUCCACAGAAAGGAGGAUUUGCCAUAACGUGAGCAAAUGA